AUCGCACGAUACAGAGCAACACCACCCAGGCAGGGCCGAGUCAGGAGCGCGAGCUCGCGCCGCAGGUCCCCGGCGUCUGCGGGCGCGAGCACGUCACGACCCUGCGGUGCGCUGGGGCGGGGGGCGGAGUCUCGGCUGCACAAAUGGGACCGAGGAGGCGGGGUGGCCGCAAUUUCGCGCCAAGAGCUGCCGGAUUCCUUCGGUGGCGGCGAGCUAGCUAGGAGGUGUUUACAGCUGCUGUUAUGGUUCGUACGCUAAACUGCAUCGCCGCUGUUUCCCAGAACAUGGGCAUCGGCAAGAACGGGGACCUGCCCUGGCCCCCGCUCAGGAACGAAUUCAAGUUUUUCCAAAGAAUGACCACAACCUCCUCAGUAGAAGGUAAACAGAACUUGGUGAUUAUGGGUAGAAAGACAUGGUUCUCUAUUCCUGAGAAGAAUCGACCUUUAAAGGAUAGAAUUAAUUUAGUUCUCAGCAGAGACCUCAAGGAACCUCCACAGGGAGCUCAUUUUCUUGCCAGAAGUUUGGAUGAUGCCUUAAAACUUAUUGAGCAACCAGAAUUAGCAAAUAAAGUGGACAUGGUUUGGAUAGUGGGAGGCAGUUCUGUUUAUAAGGAAGCCAUGAACAAACCAGGCCAUCUUAGGCUAUUUGUGACAAGGAUUAUGCAGGAAUUUGAAAGUGACACAUUUUUUCCAGAAAUUGAUUUGGAGAAAUAUAAACUUCUGCCAGAAUACCCAGGAGUUCUUUCUGAUGUCCAGGAGGAAAAAGGCAUUAAGUACAAAUUUGAAGUAUAUGAGAAGAACAAUUAAUGUGAAGGUGUUUUCUGGUUUAUUUCAAGUUAGUUGUUCCCCCUCCUCUCCAAACAAUUGUAGAUUUUAAUAUUAGAAAAAAAAGGCUUUUGUUGACUUUAGGUCAGAGGUAAUUUCCUCUAAGCAAUGAAAUUUUAUUAAUCUUACUUAGGCUAUAGUUAAGACUAAUCUUUUUUUUUUUUAAGAUUUUAUUUAUUUACUUGACAGGCAGAGAUCACAAGUAGGCAGAGAGAGAGGAAG